AUGACCAAUCGUGCUAUUGUCGAUUCUAUGAAUCACCUUGAUCAAUUAAUAUUCUCCGAUGACCCGCAUCAUCCCGCGAAUCUUAUCACAGAAUUAUGUGCGUUGUUCUAUAAUUUGGGUUGGGUCACUGGAACUGGUGAUAAUGUAUAUAUUGCACCAUCAGGCGUACAAAAAGAACGAAUCCAACCACGCGAUUUAUUCAUCCUUUCUUUGAAAACAAGAGUCCCUCUUCGCGCACCCAAACUUCUAAGACCAUCCGCGUGUACUCCACUAUUCUACAACGCAUACACAAUGCGUAACGCCGGCGCGUGUAUUCACACACACUCUCAAAAUGCUGUAUUAGCUACGUUAAUGUACCCGGGAGACACUUUUGAAAUCACACAUCAGGAAAUGAUUAAAGGAAUCAGAAGAGGUAGUACCAAAGAGAAUUUAAGAUAUUUUGAUACGUGUGUUGUGCCAAUUGUGGAAAAUACACCCAAGGAAGAAGAUUUGACUGAGAGAAUGGCAAGGGCGAUGGAUAAAUAUCCCGAGACUAAUGCUGUCCUGGUGCGAAGACAUGGUGUAUAUGUAUGGGGAGAAAGCUGGGAAAAAGCAAAGACGAUGGCUGAAUGUUAUGAUUAUUUGUUCGAGAUUUCAAUAAAGAUGAAACGAUUGGGACUGGAUCCAACCGCGAAACCUAUUGACGAAGCUAUAUAG